AUGGCCCUGGAUCUCCAAGAUGGCUUCGUUGCCGCCAAUGGCGUCCCAGAUCUCGAAGAAUCUAUUUUCACCAUAGAGCGCGUUCAGCUACAGUUCUCGGUAGCGGCUGAUUUUGUUGCUGCGCAGGUUGCUAACAACGUCAUCGUACUCGCCCUUUCCAAUGGACGCAUUCUCCGUAUUGACCUGGAACGGCCCGAGGAUAUUGACGAUAUCGAUCUUCCCAAAAAGCCAUCCGAGAUUGGCAUGAUACGGCGCAUGUUCCUCGACCCUACAGCUUCACAUCUAAUUGUUUGCACUGCGCUUGGCGAGAAUUAUUACCUCCACUCCCAGUCAAAACAUCCUCGGCCACUUGGGCGUCUGCGAGGAGUUUCGAUCGAGAGCGUGGCAUGGAACCCUUCGUUACCGACAGCGUCGACACGCGAGAUAUUGAUUGGUGCAUCAGAUGGCAACAUUUAUGAAGCCUUCAUUGAGACGUCAAAGGAGUUUUACAAGAAGGAGGUGAAGCACUUAAAGAAUCUACACAAGCUUCCUGACGGACCAAUCACGGGAUUGUGGGUGGACAAUCUUCAGAAUAACAAAUCAGACCUUCGGCGGGUUGUGAUAGCUACUCAGACACGCUUGUUUCACCUAGUCGGAAGGAUAGGUUUUGGGCAUGAUGGUUCAGGGUCUGUAUACACCCGAUUGUUCGAGUCAGAACAGCCUGUUGUUCACGAACUGUCCCGGACGACCUCAGGAGCACCUUCGAGCUUAGCGGUGUCCCCAGACCCCCCGGAUUCCGGACCAUACGAUGACGACAUUCCUGAAAGAGCAUAUGCGUGGCUUUCGUACCAAGGCGUGUUCCACGGUAAACUAUUGAACCAGCCUGCAGACAGCAACCUCGGGACCAAGGUCUUUUCAGAAUCACAUAUGCUCUCUAGAGCUCAGAUCCUUUCCCCUGAGAACAGCGAAAGACGAGUCCCGACAACCGAGGCAAUUGAUGCAAUCGCACUCACACAAUGGCAUAUUGUCCACCUGGUUGGAGGUCGUGUCAUCACAACGAAUCGCCUCACGGGAAAGAUGGUGUCUGAGCAUGAUGUUAUCGGUCAGGGACAGAAGCCUCUCGGGUUCUCCGUGGAUAUCCAAAAGAACACAUUUUGGCUAUUUACAUCAGACGAGAUAUUCGAGAUUGUGGUUCGAGAUGAGGAGCGCAACAUCUGGGAGAUUAUGACAAAACUGAAAGAGUUUGAGCCAGCUCUGCAACACGCUCGAACACCACUUCAAAAGGAAAUAGUCGCGGCUGCGUACGGUGAUCACUUGGCCAAGAAUGGACACUGGCUCGAGGCUGCUACUGUCUAUGGCCGCAGCAAUAAGCCUUUUGAAGAUAUUGCACUGAGCAUAAUCGACAAUAAUCAACCAGAUGCCUUGAGAAAGUUCUUACUGACGAAAUUAGUUUCGCUCAAGAAAUCUGCAGUGAUGCAGCGGAUGAUGAUCGCGGGAUGGUUGAUCGAGGUCUUUAUGUCCAAACUCAACACGCUGGAUGAUACGAUAAACACACAAGCUGAGCCGUCGGAGCACCUCAACUCGACUGAAUCACGCAAGCUACUCGAGUCUGUGAGGAAAGAAUUUAGAGAUUUUGUCGACAAGUAUAAAAACGACCUCGACCGGAAAAUGGUCUACGAUGUCAUCAGCAGCCACGGCCGUGAGGGAGAACUCCUAUACUUUGCCAAUGCGGUUAACGACUACAACUACGUUCUUUCGUACUGGGUACAGCGAGAGAGGUGGAAUGAGGUACUGAAUGUUCUCAAGAAACAGACGGAUCCUGAAGUCUUUUACCGAUAUAGCAGCGUGCUUAUGACAUAUGUCGCACCAGAGUUAGUUGAGAUUUUGAUGAGGCAUGCUGACCUGAAGCCUCGAAAUCUCAUACCAGCCUUUCUUGAGUACAACCGUACAUUCUCGGGAGGUCCCAAUGCACAGAACCAAGCCAUCAGAUACCUCAACUAUGCGGUUUAUCAGCUGAACUCGAAAGAUGCUGCUGUGCACAACACUCUCGUCUCGAUUUACGCUUCCCACUCCUCCAAGGAUGAAUCUGGACUUUUGUCCUACCUACAAGCACAAGGUGAUGAGCCGCGUUACGACCCAGAUUUCGCCCUUCGACUUUGCAUUCAACACCAUCGAACAUUGUCUUGCGUUCAUAUCUACACCAGCAUGGGGCAGUAUCUUCAAGCAGUCGACUUGGCGCUUUCUCAUGGCGAAGUUGAGCUGGCAGCAGUUAUUGCAGAUCGGCCCAUGUCGAGUCCGCAACUGCGCAAACGGCUGUGGCUUGCGGUGGCCCGAAAAGUCAUUUCUCAAUCGAAUGGAAUCAAGGCCGCCAUUGAAUUUCUCAAGCGGUGCGACUUGCUCAAGAUCGAGGAUCUCAUUCCUUUCUUCCCCGACUUUGUUGUUAUCGAUGACUUCAAAGAGGAGAUUUGCGCCGCGCUGGAAGAUUACAGCCGUAAUAUCGAUAACUUGAAGAAAGAGAUGGACGAGUCGUCGCAGACUGCAACAAAUAUCAAGGUUGACAUUGCUGCGCUCGAUCACCGAUACGCAAUCGUGGAACCUGGAGAGAAGUGUUAUACGUGCGGGCUACCGCUGUUGAGCAGGCAGUUCUUUGUGUUCCCCUGUCAGCAUUCGUUCCAUUCUGACUGCUUGGGACGCAAGGUGCUGGAGCAGGCGGGCGUUGGAAAGUCUACACGUAUCAGGGAACUUCAGACCCAGAUACAGAAGGGUUUGGUCAGUGGCACUCAGAGGGAGACUGUUGUGGCGGAGCUGGAUGCUCUUGUCGCUUCUGCUUGUAUUCUUUGCAGUGACCUUGCAAUCAAGAGGAUUGAUGAGCCUUUCAUUACGCAUAACGACAACGUCAACGAAUGGGCGUUGUAA